AUGACGGACAGGGCGCUGACGGACAGGGCGCUGACGGGGGCGUCGAUGGGGCCGGCAGGGACGCCCUACUCGAGGACGUCCCUGAUGAGCUCGAGUCGGAGGGCCAUGACCCCCGCCGACGUGGCGGGGUGGAUCGCACCGGCGUCCACACCGGCGCUGGAUCUCUACGCCAACGACCCCCAGGCCAUAGGAAACAUUCAGUAUGACUCGUUGACGGAGAUCUACCCGAUGAUCUGCCUCUGCGCCCCUGGGAGCAACAUCCCACCCUGCUUCUUCGCCAGGGAUGGGCACAACGGGUCCUUGCCUCGAAAGCGCAAAGUGUUGUGGGCGUGGCCCUUUUUCAGCUGGUUCGGCCUCAAGUUUGCCAAGCUUGGAUGGAUGAAAACGCUCUACACGGACAAGAAGGGUGCUUCGCUUGGCGUCAUCGCAUUCAGUUUGGUUGCCUCGGUCUUGGUGGAUGCCUUCACUGACCCAGCGAUGAGCAAUUUCACCGACCAGUUCCGUUCCAAGUACGGCAGGCGGCGCCCGUUCGUCCUCUUCUCCGCCCUCUACACGCCGCUGGUGCUCAUCUGCUCCUUUGCACCUCCUGGCUCGGGGGUCGUGGCAUCAAUCUGGUUCGCCAUCUUCCACAUCGCCUUCAAGCUUGCAGACACCGUGUUCGUGCUCGCCGCCGACGCCUGGGGUACAGAGUUGACCCCGAACUACGCCGAGAGGUCCAACCUGUGGGCGUGGAAGUACUUCUUUACUCCUGCGGGCAUCCUCUUCGGCAUGGUCGCACUAGGGAGGACGUACCCCGUAGACCUGUACAUCCUGCCCAUCAUAGGCCUCAGCGCGCUCCACUUCCAGGGCUGCAUCUCGCUUGCGUACUACGGCAAGGAACAAGACAUGUCCAGGCUGCUCUCGCCUCCGAAGGCCACCAAGGGGGGCUUGUGGAGCGACCGCUUCACUGUGGGAGACGUCAUCCCGUCCCUGAUGUGCACCAUGAUGAACCCGCCUUUUCGGACACUUCUCUGGGCUGCCAUGGCCAAGGGUUUCGGGGCAGACGUUCCCUUCGCUAUUCUGCCAUACGUGACUCGGUGGAUCAUCGGUGAUAAGUGCCCGAGCGCCGGCGCCGACGAUCUCUUUGUCUACUGCGUCAUCCUGAACACAAUUGCGUCGCUGGUUGUCAUACCAGCGUGGCUAUGGCUUGCUGGUAAAACCAGCAAGUACUUCGCGUACUGCUUCCACAUGGGGUUUUUGGCCCUCAGUUCUGUUGCGUUCAUCUUUGUGGACCUCGACACCGGAGAUUGCACGAUGAGUUAUUUGGCAAUGGUUCUCUCAUUUGUUUGGGGGGUAGCUCUUUGCGGGCAGUUCAUUCUGACAGGUCUGGUGAAUGAUAUAAUCGAUUAUGACGAGUUUUUGUGCGGGGGCUACCGGCGAGAAGCAUGUUAUGUCAUGUCCGCCGAGUUUCUUCCCAAGUUUGCUGCCAUUCCUGGUGAAUUUAUACCGCUCAUGCUCAUGGCGUACAACGGUUAUAGGCGUCCCUUGCCGAAGGAUCCUGGGCCGCCGUCGUGCAGUGGCGGCAUUGGGCAGGACGAGUUCUGUGCUGCAUUCUACAGGAACGUCGCUGCCCCAGAUUCGUGCUCCGACGAGAUGAGUUGCGCCGAAUACUUGGCAGAUGGGGCGAAGGCAGUCUGCCACGCGAGCGUCCAGCAGUGCGGGAUUGUUCAGAACGAGGGCGUGCGAUGGGUGCUGCGCGUUUCCUUCGCGCUGGUGCCCUUCUUCUUCCUGGCCCUGGCGUUCCUCGCCCUGCUCGGCUACCCCAAGGCGGCACGCUCGGAGACGCAGCACCAGCAGCUGGUCCAGUCGAUCAGCAGACUGAAGCGCGGCGAGACCGUCGAGGACCCGUGGAACCCAGGAGUCUACGUCUCGCCAGCGAAGCCAGACGGCCCAAGAGCGGGCGCGCUGGCGUACUUCUGGCCCUCCGAGCUGCGCGCUGCGCUGGCUGCAUCGCCCUGUUCGCGUGACGACGAUGGGCACGCCAGCGUCAAGAACUUGCUGAACCGGCCGCUCCGAUUGGCGCUGCUCGCGGCGGCUCUCAUCCCCAUCGGCGUCACGAUAAUUGCAUGGGGAUGGGUGGACAUGUUCGAUGACCUGGGCGCGUCGGUGUCUCCCAUCGGCCUCGUGCUGCUGGGGUGCGGCCUCCUGGGGGUGUGGUUCCACGGCGUGCGCGCCAGUGCGGCGCUGGCGCUGCGCAAAUGCCAGGUGCAACGGAGCGAGAUAUGCGACGCGUACAGGAAGGCGCAGCAGCUCGCAGGGGGCAAGGCGGCCCUCGGCACCCCCCGCAGGAGGACCUCCCGGGGAGCGAGCCCGCCGCCAGCGUCCUGGGCGCGCCGGCGGGCGCUCUCGGCGCCUCGGCCACUGGCCAGCUCUGAGGCGCUGGCCCCCCGGCGCUCGCCGUGCUCGAGGGCCCCCGCUCGACACCACUGCGUGUCUUAUGUGGCUGGGAGGGGGGGACUGGGCGCGCUGGGCCGGCUCUGGGGGGGACAGGCGUCGGGCAUCUCCAGCGGGCAGGCGCAGGUGCGCAGGCGUGACGCCAUCUCGUCGCCGCCGCCAGCGCCAGCUCUGCUGCCUCCUGGCAUCCGAGUCUCUAACGAUGCCCAAACUCCUCGGGGGCACGCUUCCAAAUCGGCGGUGGAGUCCUGGGCGCGGUUCGCGUCCCACCACCUGUCGUCCAAUAGUGGUAACUUUUUGGAGGCGUGCACCAGCGGGUGCCGCCACGGGGCGGGCCGUCUACCGCCUUCUUGGAAGGCCCCCCCACUCGACCCAUCCUCCUGUGCGCACGACCUCUAA